CCUACCAACUUGUAGCAAGCAGGCAGCCAGCCAACUACAGUAUCAAAACAAAUCCCUCACCUCUACUACCAAGUUGGAGUGAGCCUGGUGUCAAGGGUGUGAGGAGAGAAAAAUCGAUCGAUUGACUGAGGUUUGGUUGAAGAAAAUUAUUAGGUCCCUGGUGAAAGGUACGGAUAAACACGACAGGUGGAUGGAUUUCUCAGUGAAGCACCUACUCCUUACUCCAGUGUGAUAUGACAUCACUGAGUGGUUACCACAGAAACCAGGGCUCCACUGCAGACGGUUGCCAGCCAGUCAAGUGUUUUUCCACAGGGAUGGCUGCACAAGUGGAGGUGCAGACUGGGGAGGUGGAAAGGAUUGGUGUAGGGGGACGACUGCACCUCAGCCCUCUGUCUGACUCCAGUAACAAGCGCCUCACGGAGGGUCCCUGCAACACCCAGGCCUCCCUCAUCAUCACUCCAGAGCCUAGUAAGCCUGUCCCUGCACCCAAACCACGGCUCACUCCCAGACCUUUCGCUGUGGAGAAAACCCCCACCAUCCGGCCCAUACUUGCGCCUAAGCCUAAUACCAACCCCCGACCAGUGCCCACUCACCCUACUUCUUACAAACCUGACUCACCCAGCACCCCAAAACCUCAGCAGCCGAAUGUCACCAGCAAACACAGGCCAGUGCCGAUCAACCCCAGCUGUCCUGCUCCUAACUCCUACAAACCCUCUCAUAAGUUGAGCAUGGGACAAACCACGAAGCCUGUAGCCCAGCCCUUCAAACCCGCCCCUCUUCUAACCCUUGGGGACCCCAGCAAACCAACUCCCUCCCAACCGGUCCGGCGUCAGAAGCCAGCUGCGGCAGGCUUGUUCCAUUCACGAUGCCCUAAGAAACCGCCUUCAGCAGAAUGGUCCGGAUCCACCAAACCGGAGAAGGAAAGGAACAAAACAGCAUCCAGUAUCAGAGCUGGGGCAGCCUCUAUGACCAGAGCCAAGUCUAUGGGCUUCCUCAGUCAGAUAGGGCAAGAUGAGGAGGAAAGGAAGGGGGAUGAAGGGCCCAAGGUCACAGUUCAACUCCGAUCCCAGUCUAGAGCCUCCAGGCCCAGACCUGUGUCGGCCAUCUUCCUGCCCUCUCCCACUCAGGCUGAGUCGCCCACCCCAGCUGCUCGCUGGGCAGUGAGACGUCCCCUCUCAGCCGACCUCACCUCCAAGUUUGAGUCCAUUGGCCUGUCACUGCACCACGGUCGACCUGCCAAGACCGACAGCAAGGAAAACACUCCAGUGGAACCGCUACGGAGGACAGAGAAGGAGAAGGGAGCAGAGGGGACCAAUGUUACACCACCGGCCCCAGACAGCAAGCCCUCAGCCCUCGUAUUAGGGAGAGAGAAGAAAACAGAGGAAGAAGAGGAGGAGGAGGAUGAUGGAAAGGGUGGAGGCAGCAUUAAGAGACGGAUCAGUCUCUUGCUAGAUUCCUCCUCUUCUUUCUCUCCUGUGGUUCCUCUCCGUGUUGCUGCCCAAAGACCAGGGUCUAACUCUCCAGUACAGCCAAUCCAAGAGGCAGAUGUAACAUUGGGUGGUGUUAAACAGCGAAUCAGGAAGCUUACUGAAGAUACUGUUACACCACCAGCCCAGACCCCUGCUGUUAGACCACAGUUCAAGUCCCGCCCACUGCCCCCUGACCUGACCAAAAGGCUUGGCUCUGAGAGGACCACAGACCUCGGCAGUCCCUCCUCCAGUGAGGCGACAGACCGCCAUGAGAGUGACACUGAUCCUCAAAGGAGGGUGGAGGACUCCGUUUACAGCUUCAGUGACCAAAAAAGGGUGGAUGAGGACAUCAGAGGAAUACAAGAGCAGCCCACCCAGACCACCUCUGACCUCUCAGCAGUACUGACUGAGGCAGGGCGACGGAUGGAGAGCUGCCCCAGCAGUGGGGCGCAGACAGUGCGAGCAGCCCUGUUUGAGAACGUGGUGGAGAGACACAGUGUGCUGCUGAUGGAGGAGGACAGGGCACAGAGUGCCACAAAGGGCUGUCCCAAGAGAAGUGUGUCCCUCAAACUUGGGGAUGGGGAGAACGACGGCAGCCUGGUCACCGCCACCUACCACAAGCCUGUGUCUCCCUCCAGCCCACAUCUUGUAGAGCACUUGUUUGACACUGUGCAGGCGGUGGGAGAGAGCAGAGCCGUUAGUGAGAGUGUCCCUUUGGCUCAGCUGGAGGACAAAGCCAUGACCCUCCGUUCCAGGCGUUCUGAGGGGAAUCGGUCAGCCAGGGCUGAGCCAGUGGAGGAGAGACAUGCUCAGGUCCAAGGAGUCCUCAGUUUGGCUCAAAGGAGAGCACCAGCCUCCCAACAGGAACAGGGACCACGCUACCUGAGGGUUGGAGUUCUGCAGAAGUGGAAUACCACUGAGAUGGAUAGGGAGGCAGAGGUAGAGAAAGGAAGGCAAAGGGAAAAGGAGAAGGAGAGAAAGGAGAAAGAGAGGCAGAGGGAAGCGGAGAGGAGGAUGCAAAUGGAUGUAGACAGGGAGAAGCCGAGAGAACAGGAGAGGGAGAGAGAGGAAGUGGCAGCACCGAAGCGGUUGAAAAUGCUGGAGCCAGAUGAGCAGCCACCCAAGCCCAGGGCCACCUACUUUGCUCUGACUGGUCAGAUCCAGGAAGCCGUAUCUUAUGGGGACGAGGAAACCGAGAGAGGGGACGUGGAAGUUCCCUUUGACGAUUUCUCUAUGAAGUCUGGACAAUGGGGCUCUCAAGGGAAGGUCUUACAAGUACGAAGGAACCCCUCUCUAGAUGAAGCUUUUGGAAAAAGCUCCCAAGGUCAAGAAGAAGAACUGAUGGAGCGGAAUCAAACACAGGAAAGGGAGAGAGGAACGGCAUGGGACAGACGGACAUGGAGGGAGGAGCUGGAAAUAGAAAAACAAAAACAAGUAGACCUUGAGAAAGUAAGAGAAUUGGAGAGGGAGAAAGAAUGGCAGAGGGAGAGCAAGGAGUUUGAGAGGGAGAAACAGACACGGCUGGACAUGGAGAGACAGAAACCGUUAGAAUAUGCAAGAAAGAGAGAGCUAAAGCUAAAAGAAUUAGAAAGAGAGAAACACAAUGAGUUGGAGAACGAGAGACUGAGCGAGAGGCAAAGAGAGCUGGAAAGACAGCGAUGGCAAGAGCUACAGAGGGAGAGCCAGAUAGAGUUGGAGAGACAGAGAGAGCAGGAGAGACAGAAAGAGUUUGAAAAGGAGAGGCAGAGACAGUUAGACUUGGAGAGGCAGAGACAGUUAGACUUGGAGAGGCAGAGACAGUUAGACUUGGAGAGGCAGAGACAGUUAGACUUGGAGAGGCAGAGACAGUUAGACUUGGAGAGGCAGAAAGAGUUUGAAAAGGAGAGGCAGAAAGAGUUUGAAAAGGAGAGGCAGAGACAGUUAGACUUAGAGAGACAGGAGGAGUUUGAAAAGGAGAGGCAGAGACAGUUAGACUCGGAGAGACAGAAGGAGUUUGAAAAGGAGAGGCAGAGACAGUUAGACUUGGAGAGACAGAAGGAGUUUGAAAAGGAGAGGCAGAGACAGUUAGACUCAGAGAGACAGAAGGAGUUUGAAAAGGAGAGGCAGAGACAGUUAGACUCAGAGAGACAGAAGGAGUUUGAAAAGGAGAGGCAGAGACAGUUAGACUCGGAGAGACAGAAGGAGUUUGAAAAGGAGAGGCAGAGACAGUUAGACUUGGAGAGACAGAAGGAGUUUGAAAAGGAGAGGCAGAGACAGUUAGACUUAGAGAGGCAGAAAGAGUUUGAAAAGGAGAGGCAGAGACAGUUAGACUUAGAGAGGCAGAAAGAGUUUGAAAAGGAGAGGCAGAGACAGUUAGACUUGGAGAGGCAGAAAGAGUUUGAAAAGGAGAGGCAGAGACAGUUAGACUUGGAGAGGCAGAAAGAGUUUGAAAAGGAGAGGCAGAGACAGUUAGACUUGGAGAGGCAGAAAGAGUUUGAAAAGGAGAGGCAGAGACAGUUAGACUUGGAGAGGCAGAAAGAGUUUGAAAAGGAGAGGCAGAGACAGUUAGACUUGGAGAGGCAGAAAGAGUUUGAAAAGGAGAGGCAGAGACAGUUAGACUUAGAGAGACAGAAGAAGUUGGACAAGGAGAGGACUGAAGAGUUGGAGAGAAUAAAGGAGAUGGAGAGAAGGCAAAUGUUUGAAAAACAGAAGCAGAAUGAGAGAGGGAGGCAACAGCUUCUGGAACUUGAAAAGCAGAGACAACGAGAGAGAAUGGAGAGAGAGGAGCAGGAAAAGAUGAGACAGCAAGCCAUACAACAGGAGGAAGACAGACAGAGAGAGUUGGAAAGGGAAAGAGUGCAAGAGUUGGAGAGACAGAGGCAACGCGAUCUGGAAAGACAAAAACAGAGAGAGUUGGAGAGACAGAAACAGUUGGACUUUGAGAGACAGGAAUUGGAAAACCAGAGGGAUAGAAAAAGGGAGUUAGAGAGGGAGAGACAGAGGAUAGAAGAACUGGAGAGAAUAAAGGAGAUGGAGAGAAGACAACUGUUUGAGUUUGAAAAACAGAAGCAGAAUGAGAGAGAGAGACAACUGCUUCAUGAGCUUGGAAAGCAGAGACUAAGGGAAAAGAUGGAGAGAGAGGAACAGGAGAAGAUGAGACACGUAGCCAUACAAGAGGAGGCAGAGAGACAGAGAAUCAUGGAGAGGCAGAGGAGAGAGAACCAGGAGAGGGGGGUGCUGGACUUUUUACCUCUCAGACCUAAAAUGCUGGAUCUAGACUCUGGGUGCUGGUCUCUGGGUGACCUGCACUCCAGAGGCAGUCCCCACUCCCCUAGUGUCAGAUGGAAGCAGCCCUCUCCCUGGGCAGAUGACCACUACAGACCUGGUAUCCUGGACAUAGACUCAUUCAGGUCCCAGACCGAGACACAACCCUUGCCCACUAGAGAGGUGUUCCCUGUUACUGGCAUCCAGGGCUCAGACCCAGGUAGUGGGGUGAGAUCCCACCCCCACUCUCCAGAAAGGGAAGGUGGCCAUAGGAUGGCUCCCGAGGGCGCAGUGGGGCGACCCAGUACAGUGUGGGCCCCCUCUCAGCAGGAGCUGUGGGAGCAGAGGCUAAGCAUCGACGAGGAAUCAGUGGAUAGGCCCAUGGCUGGACCAGAGCCACCCAGGAAGCCUGCCAAUAAACCCAGCCUGGAGCAGCUCCUCCACAGGCUGGAGGACAGGGCCACGGCCCCCAUCCUGGUCCCAGAGAGACGCUGGUCUGGUAUGCCCAGUGAACCAUCCUUCCCCAGGAGAGCGCCCCAAAGCCCUGGGUCCCCCAUGGAGCAGACCUGGUUCCCCCAGGACUCAGAGCCCCAGGGGCACAGGGUAGAGGCCAGAGGCCAGAGGAGAUCUCAGGGCUCCCAGGAGCUGAACCGGAUGAGGUCCCGCAGCGUGUCCCGUAGAUCAGCCCCGUCUGAGUGUGCUAUGGAGGGGAGCCUGUCCAGGAUGAGGUCCCGCAGCGUGUCCCGUAGAUCAGCCCUGUCUGCGAGUGCUAUGGAGGGGAGCCUGUCCAGGAUUAGGAGCAGGAGUACACAUAGAGAGAGAGGCCGACAGAGCUGGGAGCAGUUGAAGCAGAAUGUGGACGGUGAGGAGGGGAGGGACAUGGACACACUGGUCCGUGAGACGGACAGUCAGUACGGAACCUGGGAGACAGGACUGCACACUGACGAUAGCCUGACUCCUGCCACGCCCCCCUCAGACAGCCACCCCAGUCAAUCCCCUCGGAAACCCACUCCACUUUACACGUCAGGGGAACAUGUCCACACCCCGCCCAGUGACCACGACACUCCAGACGGCUUCUCUGCCCAGCCCGAGAUACAACCACUCCCCUUCCCUGAGGCCUCCACCAGCCUACUGGACUCCAGUGCUCUGCGCUCCAGGGUGCAGUUGAGUAAGAUGCGGGGGCCACGUUCACGCCCCUCCAGGGUCUCUCGUCAGACUGCUGCUCUGUCUGUACAUCCAGAGGGACAGGCCACGCCUACUGAGGACUGGCGCUCUCGAGACUCCACAGAGGACAAAGUGGAGUCUUCCAAGAAGGACUCAGACUCUGAGGAGCAAGCGAGAGGAGCAGACCCCCGCUCUGCUGCUGCCUCCUCCCAGCCCCAGAGAGUCGCCCUCUUCCCUGGGAUGGACCCGUCUGCUCUCAUGGCCCAGCUUAAGAAGAGAAGCGAUUCUGACAAUCAGACAGAGGGACCCGCCACUUCUCCCUCCCAGUUAUCCCGUUCUCCUAAAUCACCCUUCCUGCCCCGGGCGUCCCGUGUGCUGCCCCCCUCCGUAGGGAAAGAAAAUGGUGAAGAGGCCUCACCACAGUGGCUGAGAGAGCUGAAGUCCAAGAAGCGCUUGAGUCAGUAUGAAAAUGACAGCUAAGUGUGAAUGAGCAGGUUGCCUUAACUGAAGAAUCUGGUGGAGAAUCGGACAGUAGCCUUAACAUUGGACCCUGAGAAGAUGGGAAUUCUGCUGCUGACGUUGUAAUUCGUCAUCUGUUUGUUUCUUUUCUCUGUUCUCUUCCUGCCUUGCUCAAAUCCAUGUGCAUGGUGCCUUCUUUCAGACAACCUCGGUCUUAUGGAUGAAACAAGCAAGGGAAAACAUGGGGCUGCUCUGCUCAGCGUGUCCAUUUCACUGCUAGCUCCUCCACCUCCUGGGUCAGGGGGGUCUUUGCAUAAAGCCACUUUACCCUCUCACGUGACAGGGAAGACUACGGAAGGGGGGGGAUCCCAUUCUCUCCUGUCAGGUUGUAUUUCAUUAAUGGUUAACUUGUGGGACCACAUGCCUCUUAACCCGGAAGUGCUUCAAUAAGCUGGAGGACAGUAUAGCACCUCCACAAGACAUAUUUUUAUUUCGUUUUCUCUUUUAAAUAUAAUUUUCAGGUUAGUCUAUGCGUUAAUUGUAUCUGUCAGUGGAGGAGUGUUGGAAAAUAUUUCAGAUUUUAUUUUUUGUCGUGGAUCAUAGAGAACAAAACACUGCUGAACUAAUGGUCAGCCAGCCUGUAUUAUGUGUUACUAAUAAAUAUGGUAUCUGUAAUCAUGAAAUGUUAUAUUUGUAUUGUUGCUAAUUUGGAAGCUGAAUGCUGGGUUUGUAUGGAGAGCAUUUAAAGCAUCACUACAGCAGAGGUCCCCAACCCCAUUCCUCUGAGCCACUCAGUGACUGAUGUCAUGAACUAACUGAGAAUCUGUUGUUGACUUCAUGCAGUCCCUUUAAACUUAUGGGUAAAGAGGAAUGCUUUGUGUUCGCUGUAUUUUCAAUCAUGUCUGAAUCUGUUUCUACUGGUGGGGGAGGGGAAGGGACAUCUACCUCCAUCUCAAUUAAACGCACACACGCAUGAACGCUAAUCAGCCUGUUCUUCCUCCCUUCACCUCCACUUACCUCUUCAGUGAAAGAUCAAAUGAUUGUGUGUGUAAUACUGAUGGAUGAGUGAGUAAGGAUUGCAAGGAAAUUGUACAUGUUACCAAUGAGCCAUACAUUCAAUGUGCACUCCCUGGUUUCUGUUUUACCAGCAUGUCUGCAACACAUCUCCCAUUUAGCGACCUCACGUGCAUUUUCCCAUCAUUGUUUGGGAAAGGAUAUGCAUGCACAGUCUCUGGUCCUUUUUAUCAUGCUUUACUCAGACACUUAACUGAAUGGCCACACCAAGUAGCAGUGGUACAAUCACAGUCUGGAUAUCAUGGCUUCAUCCACAACUGUAAUGGUCCCAUUGUGCACAUGGUCAGUGGAGUAUGGCGUACACUACUCCAGUGGGGAAAGCAAGUAAAGUAUAUUGUUUUGAGAUGAGGGUGGUAAUUUACCCUUUUUUCUGCACAUGACUUGGACUAUUUGCACCAGUUGUUUUAGGGCUUGUUUGAGCUGACUUAGGCCAUUCCCCUGACCAUGUUAGCCGUGCUCCACUGUCCCACUACUUCCACUACAGCAUUUUUGUAGACAGACGUUGGAACUCUAAUGCAAUGCAAGUGAAUGUUUUGAGUUGUUGUCCCUUUGGUGUCUGUCCAUGGAGUUUGACUUUGUCAUUACUUAUUUUUUUCUCUUUCUCGUCUGUUUUAUUUGAAAGUAAAAUGUAUAUUGCACUGUUGUAAGGCCGUUGUUCAAAAGUGUCAAUUCUCAAUAAAAUGUACUGCGUUAA